AUGGCCAAUGAACCAACACACGUAACAGCUGAGAAUCAGUUUCAACAAUUGAUCACUCGUUGUGAAAAUGACCCGACACAAUUGCAGAUUGCCUAUGAGACCCAUAGAAGCAAUAGAAAUGCCUCUUUCAGAGACGAAAUCUGCCAACCUGGAUUUUGCAAAUGGAAAGAAGAUGAGAUUUUGUCUCAAGUCCUCGAGGCAAAGAUGGGGUCGACAGACUUCGUCGACUCCAGACAUAACCUUGCCUUUUGGGCACGCCCGCCGCAGCAUAUCCGGGACUUGGUCUACAAGAUUCAGCAAGAGAUUGAACCCUUAAUUGGACCUGGUCUCUGGCUCGUACCCCCGGAUCAUCUGCACAUGACCACACUCGAGAUCAGGUCUUCAUUAACAGGGCCUGAGAUCGAUGAGAUUUCCUCUUCUCUUGAGAUGAGCGGAAUCGUAGCAGAACUGGCAAACUACACUCUCACCCACCGUGCCCGGUUGGUCAAGCCAGUAAUCAGCUACGAUACUUCUGCUAUUGCUCUGAGCUUUGUUCCCGCGGCUGGAGAGGAAGAUCACUACGAGUACAGUGGAAAAGAUGACAAGUUUACGUAUCACCAUCUGCGGAAUGAUCUUCACAACAUCAUUACUCAAUCUGACUGUCCAAUCGCGGCUAGGUAUACCGUCCCGUCUGCACACAUCACCAUUGGGCGCUUUAUUACAACCAGUGGUCCCCCCCAAAGAGAGUUAUAUUCCCUGGAGGAAUUCGAGAAAAAGGCAUCGCAACUUGUUUAUCAGAUCGAGGAUCUCAAUCAUGAACUCCGCUCAAAUGUGUGGAGGAGAUUGGGGGACCCAUCUGAAGGGCAAUGGGUGAUAGGUCAUGAAAAGGGGUUGGAAUUGAUGAAGGGCCAAACCUGCAUAGCCUUCUUGGCGACACCUAAAAAGGUUAGCGUCCACCCGAUAGGGCCUAAGCGAGUCAACAUUCCCAAAACCCGCCGGACGUACUGCAAGUCCAAGGAGUGCCACAAGCACCAACAGCACAAGGUCACCCAGUACAAGGCUGGCAAGGCCUCCCUCUUCGCCCAGGGUAAGCGCCGUUACGACCGGAAGCAGAGUGGUUACGGUGGUCAGACCAAGCCCGUCUUCCACAAGAAGGCCAAGACCACCAAGAAGGUCGUUCUGCGUCUCGAGUGCACUGCUUGCAAGGCCAAGAAGCAGCUCGCCCUGAAGCGCUGCAAGCACUUCGAGCUGGGUGGUGACAAGAAGACCAAGGGUGCUGCCCUCGUUUUCUAGAUUGUUCAAUUUCCUUGUUCGGCUUCUGGGUUUCCUGCAUUGCACAAAGUGCUUCGCUGUUUUUGCGGAGCAUAUAUGACAUUGGCAAUGGAAAAAUGAAAUAGGAAUUCAUCUAUUCAAAAACACCAUCUAUGACUACCGGAUUACGAGUCUUUGAAUGAUCAUUUUUGCUUCACAGUAG